GUAGGUUGAGGGGUAGUUUACCCCGUUACUAGGCAACGAUAACGGCUCCAUGGCGUCCUCAAGUGACUUUCGAGAGAGACUGCGGAAGAAACGUCGAGCUUUGAAAGACACGUUGGUGAAAAACCAAAACGAGGACGACGUUCAGGCUCUGGUUCCAUCUUCUAAAUUGAGUGAGGAGAAACAGCGAGCUGCAAUGAAGGAACCUCAAAGCAGUGAAGAAGAUCCAGGAGAGACACUGAAACGCACCUUAAGGGCUCAGAGACAGAGGCGGAAGAAACGGCUGCUAGACCGAUCUUCAGCCCAGGAGUCCCAUGAUGAAGAUGUGGAGGAGAUCUCCAGCGUUCAGCACCACGGAGAAGAUGAGGCUUCAGCUGAAAAAGCAGCUGACCCUCUGGUUUCUUCAAGACCCCCGACUGGAUCUCAGAGCGGUGUCUCGUCAAGAACCCAGCAUACUACUGACUCCCAAAACUUAGACAGCUUUGUGACACGUCGCCUGGAAGAGAGACUGAGAGCAGCCAGAUCUAAAGGUGAGAGCCUCCAGCAGCAGGAGGCGUCUCUGGAGCCAGCCAGUCGCCUGCAGAGCCUCAGAGACAGAGACACUGUAACAAGGUUUGACCGGGAGGUUGAUCCAGACCGAAGUGGAAGACACGAUGACCCUCUGGCCCUCAGCACCAGGGUCAAGUUCAGAGAAGCAUCAAGACGAACAGAAAAGGGCCUGCCGACCGCUGAGGAGGCAUACGAUUUCUUUACACUCGACUUUGAGCCGGACCCAGGAGAAGCAGCUGAGAAGAAGAGCAAGAAAAGAGACAAACAGAGAAGAACACAUGAAGAGGACAGAGAGGAAGCUGAGGAGCAGGAAGCCGCUGAGGACCGUAAUCAGGGUGAAAAUGAAGACCAGAGUGAAGAAGCUCCUCUUGUGAGAGACGAAGAGAACGAUUUAUUCGCCAUUGAACAAUCGUCAAAAGACUUCCUGGAAGUGAAGAAAGCAGAGUAUGUCGGGUACCGAAAACUCGCUCAGCACGGGAGCGAGCUCCUCUUCACGCCCAGUUUUCGAACAGUCCCGACCUCCAUUAAACUGCCUGAAAACAUGAAGCCUCGUUAUCUGGAGGACGAGGGUCUGUAUGUCGGGGAGAGGCCUCCUGUGUCCAUCACCAACGAGAACAUUCUGGAGAACCGCAUCAUGAAGAUGGAGGAGGGAAAGAAGUGGUUCGGUGAUGACGGAAGGAUCAUGGCUCUGCCCGACCCCAUAAAGGAAUCCUCCACCAGACCCCCUCUCUUCCACAUGGAGGAGGACCUGGACCCUGCACUGCAACCUGUUUACAGGAAGGCGCUGAAGUCCAAGAAUGCAAAUCUGUAUCUCGCCGGUGCAGCAGACCCAGAGGGAGACUACCAGCUGGAUGUGGACGUCUCUGGGCUGAUCUUCUCCCAUCACCCGCUCUUCAGUCGGGAGCACGUUCUGGGGGCCCGUCUGGCUCAGCUGUAUGAUCAGUACCUCACCAGGCAGGGCAAUAAUCUCACGGGACACCUUACUGACAAGUUGAACGGACUGAGGAGUGCACUGCGGAAUAUACUUGAGAUCCAUGGCGGGGAGAGCCUCACUCCAUCCAUGCAGCAGAGGAUAUCUGAGUACAGUCUGGAGAUUAGGAACACUCGGCAGCUGCGAGACAGUGAGCAGGAGAAAGACAGGACUCUGCUGAAGCACAUCGUUAAGGUGUGGAAGGAGAUGAAGGCCCUCAGAGACUUUCAGAAGUUCACCAACACGCCCUAUAAGCUCUACCUCAGGAGAGAGAAUGUGGACCAGGCGUCAGAUGAGCGAGAGUACGAGGAAGAAAUCUUCUCAGAGGUUGUUGAAUUGGAGGCAGAGAUGGAGGAAGUUUACCAGAGAAAGCUGGUCGAGUACAAGAAACAGCUGGAGGAGUGGAAGCUCUGGAGACGGAAACAGAAAGCAAAAAAGAAGAAGAGAAAAAAGAAGAAGAAAGGCCAGGAUGACACAGAAGAAGAUGAAGAUGAAGACCAGGAGGCGAGCGAAUCAGAGGGGCCCGUUGAGGAAGGCCCCCCGAAGCCGGAGCCUCCGGAGAAGCCGGAGUUUGACUCUCUGGAGCAGCAGGUCAGAGAGAAAGCCUCCAGGAUACGCAGGAAACCAGGAGAGUCCAUCCUGAUCCCAGAGCUGUCAGCAUCUGGAAACAUCACCGCCAGUGAGCUCUGCCCAAGGCCUGAAACAGCUCGUAGGGAGGACGUUUCAAAGCGCUCCCUUUUCAUCAAGAUCCUGUACAACAACAAAGAAGUCUCCCGAACCGACAGCCGCUCUCUGAACGCCGACUUCAGAGUGCACUUUGGUCAGAUUUUCAACCUCAAGAUACUCAACUGUCCCCAGAGCAUCAAUUUGCAGGUGUUUGAGGAGAUGGGCUCGUCGUGCUCCCUCCUGGCUCAAGUGUUUGUUCCGGUGCCAGAACCUUCAGUUGUGACGAGCAUCGUCCCCAUCGAGGAAUACGAGUUCAGCAGCAACCAGAGAGUGAUGUUCGACCACGAGGGCGUUGGGAGCGACGUGCCGCUCUCCUUCGAGGCCGACGGCAGUAACAAGCAGACCCUGCUGACCUCUGGGAAGCUGUCCUGCUGUGUUUGUUGGGGGUCCGGGGAGGACGGCGUCCCGCUCGCCCCUCCGGUGUCUCAACAGCCUGGUGGCGUACACAGUGGCCUGGGCCGUCUCGAUGCGGUCACAUUUAUUGGGGCAUCUGGACUAUACGACAUGAAGAAAAUUGGCGAGUGGGCCACACAGUCACGACUGGACCCCAACGAUCCAAAAAAUGCCUCCAUCAUGCAGCUGCUGAAAGUGGCCAGCAGUGGAGAGGUGACGGCUCCAGAGUACUUCCGUCUAGAGCAGCUGCAGGAGGAGUUUAACUUUGUGUCCGAUGAAGAGUUGGAGAGGUCCAAAAGAUUUCGCCUGCUCCGUCUCAGGAACCAGGAAGUGGCAGAGUUUAGAAAUUACAAGUGUGUUCCUGCUCUGGAGAGGGAGGUCACUGAUAAGGUGUUCCAGGAAUACGAGAAGAGACUGAAAGAAGGAGAGAUAGUUGACACUAAAGAACAUCUGGAUUCACACAGAGCUUUAGUAGCCAAAUACCUCCAGAAGAUCCGAGAGUCGGUCAUCAACAGAUUUAUUCUUGCCAAACAUCACUACCUUCUGUCUGACCUGGUGAUAGAAGAGGAGAUACCAAGCAUCGGGAUUCUGGGAAUUAACCUUUUCAAGCUGGCUGAACCAAAGCGGCCGCUGAAGCCUCAGAGGAAAGAGAGGAAGAAGGUGACGGCUCAGAAUCUGUCCGACGGAGACAUAAAGCUGCUGGUCAACAUCAUGAGGGCCUACGACAUCCCCGUCCGCCGGCCGCAGGGAAAUAAACCAGGACAGUCUCAGAGUGCCAUCCAGGCCAGUGAUUGGCUCAUCAGCCAGGUACAAGUGAGGCCCUUUGUGGAGGUUUCCUUCCAGCGCACAGUGCUUCAGACAACCACAGCUGAGGGGCCGAACCCCUGCUGGAACGAGGAGCUGCAGCUACCGUUCAGUGCCCCAAAUGGCGACUACAGCCCUUCUAUCUUGCAAUCAGUCAAAGACGAAGUCUUCAUCAACAUAUUUGACGAGGUGGUUUAUGAAACCGGAGUGAAUGACAAAGACAGAGGGAAAUCCAUCCACACCCGGGUGGAGAAGCACUGGCUGGGCUCCGUCAAGAUCCCAUUCAGCACCAUUUACUCCCAGUCCAGGAUUGAUGGAACAUUCAAGGUGAACACGCCGGCAGUGUUGCUGGGUUACAGUAAGGAGAGGAGCCACGGCAACAACGGUGGUUACGACACUCUGAGGAGCCUGAGUGAGGGAGCGUUCAUCACGCUCUUCAUCACCAUCGAACCCCAGCUGGUGCCCGGAGAGUCAGUCAGGGAAAAGUUUGACAGCCAGGAGGACGAGCGUUUACUGCAGGCCUCAGAGAGGUUUGAGCGUGACGCGGUGGGGGCCCACCCGGACCGACCCUGCAUCACCACCGUCAUCGACCUCAACGGGAAGACCGUCUUCGUCACGAGAUACAUCCGACCUCUGAACCCCCCGCAGGAGUUACUGGACGCUUUCCCCAACAACUCCCAGGAGACGGCGUCCCUGGUCGCCAGAUUUGUCUCGCUCAUCCCCUCUCUGCCGGACAGAGUUUCCUUCUCUGGUGCCUGUGACCUGUGGAGCACUUGUGAUCAAUUCCUCACCCUCCUAGCGGGAGACGAAGAAGAACACGCCGUGCUCUUGUGCAACUACUUCCUGUCUAUGGGCAAGGAAGCCUGGCUUAUAAUCGGCACGGCCAUACCAGAGGGACCCACAGCCUACGUCCUGACCCUCGAGCAGAACCGUUACCUGAUCUGGAAUCCCAGCAGCGGUCAGUACUACGGACAGUACGACACCUUCUGCCCACUGCAAAUAGUCGGCUGCCUGGUCAACGCCGACAAUGUAUGGUUCAACGUUCAAGAAUAUAUGUCGCCGAUGACGAUGAGUUUCGACACCACAAAAGCCAAUUUGUGGAAGCCGUUUUUCUCCCGAUCCUUCUCUCACCCCGGGCUUUCGAGUGUACAACCAGAGGAGCUGGUGUAUCGCCACACAGACAAAGCAGCUGCAGCAGAGCUCCAGGACAGAAUUGAGAAGAUCCUGAAGGAGAAGAUCAUGGAGUGGCGCCCUCGUCACCCAACCCGCUGGAACCGCUACUGCACCACCACCCUGAAACAGUUCCUGCCCAAACUGGAGCAGAGUGGAGGAAGGGACGUGGCCGAGGGGCAUCGCCACGAGCUGCAGAGCCUGCUGGGAGACAACAGGAUUUCAGGAUUCCCCCUGCAUCUACCGUUCUCUGAGAUCCGGCCCAUCGUGGAGGCGGUGUACAGCACCGGAGUCCACAACGUUCACACGUCCAAUGUGGAGUUCGCCCUGGCCGUGUACGUGCACCCCUACCCUAAUAACGUCCUCUCUGUGUGGGUGUACCUGGCCUCGCUCAUGCGGACGUGAGACAAGAGACGCUCAUCUUACUGUUUAUUUUUUAUUUAAAUGAGUUUUAUCUUUAUUUAAGAUGAUGACUUUACACUCUGUUGCCACACUAUUGUAUAGUUCAUGUAUUUAAUGGAUACCAUAUAUUUGUAAUACACAGUUAACAGUUUGAUAUCUGUACAUCAAAACCAAAAACCUUGCA